AUGGCGUCCCAAACUAUUGUACGACCCACUUCGUUGGUUGAUCUCUCAUCUAUGAAAACAUGGGGAUUGGAAGGAUUGACAAAUGCCAAAUUCACAUUUGACACCAAAACGACAACAGCUACUAUCCUCAUUUCAGUCAUCUCCCUUUUACUCAUCGAACAAUUGGUUUAUCGAACAAAGAAAGCUCAUUUGCCAGGAGCAAAAUGGACCAUACCUGUCAUUGGUAAAUUCGCUGAUUCAUUAAAUCCUUCUUUGGCAAAUUAUAAAGCUCAAUGGAAUUCCGGACCUUUAAGUGCUGUUUCCGUGUUCAAUAUCUUCAUCGUCAUCGGUUCUUCUACUGAUAUGGCCAGAAAGAUUCUCAACUCUCCCAAUCACGCCGAACCAUGUCUCGUCGCUUCAGCUAAGAAAGUUUUGUGUCCCGACAACUGGGUCUUCCUCCAUGGAAAGGUUCACGCCGAUUACAGAAAAGCUUUAAACGUAUUAUUCACUAAACAAGCCUUGUCCACCUAUCUUCCUAUCCAAGAGAGGAUCUACAGAUCAUACUUUAGCAAAUGGGUAUCUGAGUCCAACUCUAAACCCUAUAUGAUGGAGAUGCGAGAUCUCAACAUGGACACUUCUCUUCAAGUUUUCAUCGGACCUUAUGUUACCAAAGAGCAAACCGCUGAGAUCAACAAGAAAUAUUGGUUGAUCACUGUCGCUUUAGAAUUGGUCAAUUUCCCAUUUGCUAUUCCAGGAACUAAAGUCUACAACGCCAUUCAAGCUCGAAAAGUAUGUAUGAAAUACCUGGAAGCUGCAUCAGCCGCAUCAAAAAUCAGAAUGUCAGAUCCCAACGCCGAAUCACAAUGUUUAUUAGAUGAGUGGACACAAGCGAUGAUCCAAGCUAGAAAAGCCAAAGAUGAUGGUGAAACAACAAAAUUACUUUCAAGAGAAUAUUCAGAUAGAGAAAUCGCAAUGGUCUUAUUAUCAUUCUUAUUCGCUUCUCAAGAUGCAAUGUCCUCUGCUAUUGUUUACGCUUUCCAACUCACAGCUGAUCAUCCUGAAGUCUUAGCUAAAGUCAGAGAAGAGCAAUAUAGAGUUAGAGGAAACGAUUUAGAAAGACCUUUGACUUUGGAUAUGGUUGAUGAUAUGGUUUAUACAAGAGCCGUCGUUAAAGAAGUUUUGAGAUUUAGACCUCCUGUUAUUAUGGUCCCAUACGAAACCACCAAACCAUUCCCUAUCACACCUGAGUACACUGUACCUAAAGGAUCUAUGAUUAUUCCAGCAUUUUGGAAUGCUCUUCAUGACGAAACAUGUUAUCCCGAACCUGAUUCAUUCAAACCUGAAAGAUGGUUACCAAACGAUGAUGGAACUCCACCCAUCGCAGAUUCCAAACCUCAAAAUUAUCUGAUUUGGGGAAGUGGUCCUCAUAAAUGUAUCGGUGGUCAAUACGCUUCAAUGCAUUUAGCAGCUACUUUGGGUACCGCUUCGGUCCUGAUGAAUUGGGAACAUGAAGUAACGAAAGAUUCAGAGGAGAUCAAAGUCAUUGCCGCUAUCUUCCCCAAAGAUGAACUUCGACUCAAAUUCACUACUAGACCUCCUCCAUCAUAG